AUGAGCCAGCUUCUUCCAAAGAGUCUUUUGGCAUCCCCGGUGUCAGAGGGCACGAAUUCCAGGGUAGAGUCUUUGGACAACUUGUCAAUGGACAGUUUUUGGCUGGAAGUAGAGAACAUUAAACAGAGCACUGAAGCAGAGCAAGAGGAAUGCAGCCUUGCAGAUGUCAAAGCACAAGAAGAGGGCGAGGCUGAAGCUGAGUGGCUCCAGGACGCAGGGCUGUCAGACCUCCUCGGGGACCGUGCCUCUGAGAAUGACAACAUCGUGCUGCUCUCCACCUUGACCAAGACUCAGGCUGCUGCUGUGCAGCGGCGGUUGGACACCUAUUCCCGGUCUCGCAGGAGGAACAAGCAUCCUGUUCGUGAUGUCAGAGACAUUUUUGGAGUGGUCAGCUCGGAGGUGACAGCAGCAGAGAAAAAGGAGUCCAGCCCAGAUCAGCUGUGGCACAAUCGACAGACUUCAAAUAUACACAGAAAAGCCCAGGAUUACUCCUGCACAGUUCGAAACCCUGGAAAAGAGGAGCUGUUCAACAUGGAUGUUGCCUACUCAGAGCAAGCAGCUGUCCUGCUCAAGGGAUCGUUCCUUUCUGAACCUAGGAAGUUAAAGGAUGGCAAUGCCCUAACUAAAUUUAAGAUCCCCAAGGGUAGACUUGGAGUAACCAGGGUUGGAGAUCUGUCUGCUCAGGACAUGAAGAAGAUCCCCACACUGGCCCUUAUUGAACUAACAGCUCUCUGUGAUAUCCUGGGCUUUGAGCUGAAGAGAAACAAAGCAGCAAAGCUGAAAACAACAGAGAAAAGACUCUUUGGAGUUCCACUCAACACUCUAUUGGAAAAUGACCAAAAACUGCUUCCCAACACCAAGGUUCCUCUGUUACUCCAGGCACUGCUAUCCUGCUUGGAAAAGAGAGGACUUGAAACAGAGGGCAUUUUGAGAGUUUCUGGAUCCCAGACCAGAAUAAAGAGUCUGGAACAGAAGCUAGAAAGGGACUUCUAUACUGGCCUUUUCCACUGGGAUGAAGUCCACCAGAAUGAUGCGUCUGGGCUACUGAAAAGAUUCAUAAGGGAGCUGCCAGCCCCGCUGCUGACUGCAGAGUACCUCCCUGCUUUUGCUGCUGUACAAAAUAUACCAGAUCUGAAGCAAAGAUUGCAAGCUCUAAACCUUCUGAUCCUGAUUCUGCCAGAGCCCAACAGAAACACUCUAAAGGCUUUACUUGAGUUCCUCAGCAAAGUGGUUGCCAGGGAGAACAACAACAAAAUGAACCUCUGGAACGUUUCCACAGUCAUGGCCCCAAACCUCUUCAUGCACAAAGGACUGCCAAACAAGAUCCCUGAAGGAAAGGAGAAGCAGCUGGCUGAGGGGGCUGCUGAUGUUGUGCGGAUGAUGAUCCAUUACCAGGAUUUGCUUUGGACAGUCUCCUCUUUUCUGGUAGCUCAAGUGAGAAAGCUGAAUGAGAGCAAUACCAAAAGGUACCAGUUCUGUGACAAGCGAAUUAAACAGUUGUUGCGGAAGAUUCAUGCUGAUAAAGACAAGGUGGAAAAGAACCAGGCAGAGCCUUCCAAGACUGUGAAAGUCCAUGCUUCGCUUCUGCUGAAGGAUUCACUAGAAGUGCGUUUGAACAAUGCAACAAGAGUUGCUGAUGUCUUGAGGCAGUUUCAAAAGAACAUGUGCCAGCGUGGCUGGAAUAUUGUUAACACUGUCAACCUCCUCAAGUGUAACAACUCAGUGGAGUGCACAAACUUGCUCCUGUAUGAAGUCGGAGGCAAUAUUGGUGAACAUUGCCUGGACCCGGACACUUACCUCCUAGACUUGUACCACAUCAAUCCCCAUGCUGAGUGGAUAAUUAAGCAGAACCCAUCUUAUCCUCGGGUAUUGUAAGGAAAGCAUGAGCAAAAUGAAGCAUUCGGCUGAAGUUUUGGAAGGUGUGGAAAAACUAUAGAGAUGUUCCUGGUAUAG